AGAAGAGGAGCGCCGCGCCAUUUUCAAUUCAGUCCUCUCUCUCUCUCUCUCUCUCUGCGCGUUAAUGAACCUGAAUGUUCUCUCUGCGAUUGCAGUUGAAGUUUGAAGAUCUGCCGAGCAGCCAGUUGUUUCCAAUUCCAGAUCAACCUGCAAAUUGAGCACCGUGCUGAACUUCGUAGAAAUUCUCUGUUGUGGCUUUCUGUAUGCCGAGAUAUCUGAUACUGUUUUGCUGGAAUCGAAAAGUUCAAAACAAGAGAGGAAUGGAACAACACACUGCAUGUAUGUUCCACAGACAAGAAGUUGGGGCUGAAUUUGCUACCAGUGAUCAGAGUGUGACAGAAUUCCAUAAUCUGAGGUUACUAUAUCUUGCUUUCAAGGAUUCAAUAAUAGGAAGGAAACCUGCAGCAGGAGAAGAACUUGAUUUCUCUACUAUAAUUAGUAAAGUAGAGAGCCUACACAAUCUAGUUCACAAACCUAGAGAACAAGUUUCUGAUGCAGAGACCCUUCUUGACCUCACAAAGACUUUGUUUGUAUCUCUUGAAUCCUUUGAGGACUCUCAUAGUAUCUCAGAUUUCAUUUCAAUAUUGCUGGAGCAGUAUGAACAGAAAUUUGUUCCAGAGGGGUAUCAUGGGUCUAUAUCCUGGAAGAAAUUGGGUCUGGACACAUGUCAUAUUCUUAGAAAGGCACCUGCAAUGCUAACUAUGCUUGGACCAAUGGAUGCAAAACCAGGACACAGAAAGCCUGCAACUGAAAGGAAACGUCGAAAAGCUGCUAGGAUUGGUUCUCCCCAUGAGAAGACAAUAUCUGUAGAAGAUAAAGCUUGUGAAAACAAUACUGAUGCUCAGAGGAGCCUCUUUACAAUGUUUGAAAUUCUGAAGAAACAGAAGUGUAUCUCAUUAGAGAAGUUAGUGCUAAACAGAUCAUCGUUCUCUCAGACCGUGGAAAACAUAUUUGCUCUUUCAUUUCUUGUUAAAGAUGGAAGAUCUGAAAUUACCAUUGAUGCUAACGGAACCCAUCUUGUUGCCCCACGAAAUGCCCCCUCUGCUACAACCAUUGCGAGUAAGGAGGUUGUCUAUCACCAUUUCAUCUUCAGAUUUGAUUACAAGGACUGGCUGGUAUCCUCUCCAAAGUGCAUAGAUAGUAGAAUCGGUUUCUGUAGAGCUGUUGUAAUGGCCUUUGGGUGUUAAUGGAAUGAUACAAGUAUCAUGUGGUUUUGAAAAUUAGAGGCAUCAAAUUUCUAAAAUUUCUUUUGGCUAGCUUUUUUAACCAUGCAUUUUGAUUAUUGGCAUUUGCAGUUAAUGAUGGGCAGCGUUGAGAAGGGAGAGGAAGCAAUGCCUCAGAGAAUAGGUGGAUGAUUCUGCACUUCUAGAAUGCACAAAAGGGUGCUGGGAGACUGCUGAAAAUGAUGAAUCAUACCAAGAAGGAAUUGCAGUGGGUAGGUUUGAAACAUUAAGGUAGUGUUUGGUGCAUGAAUUUUGAGUGGAAUGAAAUUAAAAAUUGUAUGAUAAACAUGUCAAAAAAUUAAAUGAUGAAUUUCAUUUCAUUCCAUUUCAAGUACCAAAUAUUACACUAUAGAAAUUUGACCUCGGCUCUGGAGGAUUGAACACCAAUUGAGAAAAAGCAACAUCUUUGCUGAUUCUUAUUGUUGUUGAAAAUUCCACUUGUGAGUUUGUCACACAUUAGAAAAAAUGAGUAAAUGAUGGGUGCUUAUAGACAUUAUUGGGUUCAAGACCCAAUAGGCUUAAGCUUUUGAAUCAAGUUGGUGCUCACCCAUGUAUAUCAAGCACACCUAUGAACUC